GACCAAGAACUUGCCAAAGUUGAAGAAGAGGAAGACGAAGAAUUGGUUGUGAUGAAAGUGAUCAACUCUGUGGAAAAUACAACAACACAUACCCUGACAUUAUCGCCCAAGGUAUACAGUGACUCUGAAUCAGAUGAAGAAUAUUCUGAACCAGCUGAGAUGAGCAUAGAUUAUCUAGUAACAGAAGCCAAGAUUACAUCUCAACAGCCAGUGGAAGCUUUCAUGUCCACACCACAGCAAAAUUUUUCUGCCGAUCACUCCACUGACUCACCAGAUAGUGGUAUUAAAGUAACCACAGGUCCUUUGGUAUGUGGAGGAGGUGAUCAGAGUCACCCAGGAGGACUUCAGAUGACUCCACGAGGAUUUCAAGGUUCUCAUUAUGGCGCCUCCUCAUACGCUCCAGGCGAUAGUAGAAAUGCUGCUUCCUUUGCUCAAUCAAGCGGUCUUUCAAGAAGUUCAGGGAGCGGAGGAGGUACAGGGGAAGGAGGAGGAAGAAAAGGAAGUGGUUCCAGUGUUGCUGAAGAUGUCAAUGCACAGCUUGUAAUUUUACUGAGAAGGCUUCAGAAUGACAUGGAGAAUGUUCUACAUCGACUCAAUACCCUGGAAACGCUCACUGUAACUCAGCAUCACACACAUUGCCAUCAUUGCCAUGUCGGUAACAAUGGCUCUGUUGCUGUUCGAACUGAACGGUCAUGGUGGCCAUUCCCUGAGCUAUCGCCGCGUACCACUUUCUUCCUCUUGGUGUGGCCACUGAUUUUACAUGGGGGCAUCAAAUUUUUGCUGCUCCUCCGUUCUCGUCGAAGAAGACAAUAGCUGCAAUAGUAUAAAUGUUCUUAGGAUUAUUUUCUUUAUCAGUGUUUUUAAUGAUAAGGGUAAACAUUAAUUCUCUAAAAUUAGACUGCAACUGAAACUGUUAUUUGUCAACCUUUGUACAGGUUAGGUAUCUGUACGUUUGAGAAUGUUUGACUUUUUCCAUCCUUUACUCGAUUGUGCAGCCAGUAAGUUCUGGACAGCUACUGCGGUACUUAAGAAUUAUGGCACUUUGUUUGGGAACUGUACUUGAUAGGUAGCUCUUAUUUUUAGUAUCAUAUUAAACUUAUCAAACUUCUGAAUCAAAGUUAAAUAUCCAUGGUUGGUUGUAAGUGAAAUAUAGCAAAAUCUACAGCGAUAUCAAGUCUUGCCCAGGGUUCUUGGGGAUAUCGUUAUGUUUAUAUGUUGCAAAAAAAGAAAUGUUGCACAUUAACGACAUUGUUAAGAUAGGUUUCCAGGAAAGUGAUGUUGACAAUUUACUGAUUAAGAGAACCAGCAAACUGUGACUUUAUAAUGUUGAGGAUGGUGUAGAAGUUUCAUUAUUUGAUCCCAUAGGAGAACCUAUUCUGUAUAAAUUUCAGAAUAGUUUUUUUGUUAUAUAUUUUUAGAUUUUUGUCAAUUGUAGUGAGGAAAUAUGGGGCAAUAACUUAGAUUUCACACUUUUGUAAAGUAAUUGCUAUACAUGGAUAAUUUUACCCAUAAUCUAUUUCUGUCGUUAGAGAAUAAUAUAUGAACAUCUUUAGCAGCUCGCAUAGGUUUUCGUAAUUGAAUUUUAUUUGUUAUCACUGCAACUAGUGAAAGUCCUGUUGUUGCUGGAUGAAACAGGCUAACCAUUUACAAUAAAUUAGACUCUUUUAGCUAAGUAUACUGUAGAUACUUAGUAUUCUUAGUACAGUGUGUUGAGUAGUCUGCUUUCACAAGAAUCAUUUUAACUAUUUCCACAAUAAUAUUCUGACGGUAUAUUUUCCGGGCAAUCCAGUAGCUUGUUUUUUUAUUUGUUUUCAUUACACGACAACAAAUAGCUACAGACAAUUUUGCUAUUAUAGAUUUUUUUUAAAUAAAAAAAGGGCUGCACAUUAUCAUUAUAUGCCCAUUCUUUUUUUUUUUGCCUGAUACUUAAGUUAGAAAUGUAGGCAAUGUUUUUGCUAAUCAGUACAUUUAUUGUUUUUUUUCUUAAAUUCCUCUUAAGAUUUUAAAGUGUAAUAGAAAUUACUGCGUUUAAGUAAAACACGAUUAUGUUAUAUGUUCACAACUCGCAUUAUUGUGACCAAAUAUUACUGUUUAUUACAUUAGUGAGAGAUGGAAAUUGAUGUUAGACUUUUUAUGUCUCAUAACCAAUGAAGUUAAGUCAACUUACAAGAAUGUAGAAAUAGAAAGUACUGUGAUAAUAAAGUAUCAACCCUAUUAACAUACCGUUGAGAUGGAAACUCGUUCAUUUGCAAUGCAAUAUAGUAACAAAAACAGAUACUAGACUUAAUGGCCCUAGCAGGAUAUUCUCGACAGAUUGGGCUUAUUAGAAUUUGUUAAAAAUAUCUGCCACAAAGUUUUGUAAGUAGGAAUGCAGGAUUUUGAAUGCAAAAGACUUGUAGUCUUGUCUUCCAGCUUUUCUUAGGGCUUGUUUUUAAAGAACAUUCUUGUAUCACAAACUAGACUGCUUUGGUGUAUAGGACAGUAUUCAUGUUCAGAUAAAAACAAGGCAGAUUUCUGUGGUAUUAACCCUAAAUAUAUUCUUUAGUAAUAUGAGAAGUCUUCAUUAUAAAUUAGAAAUAGAUUUAUUAUAUUCUGUAGGAACAGAAGACUCACAGAUACAAGAGGCCCAUGUUUUAUUAGUAUCCGUAAAACUACCCUAUACAAGGAUGGUGGAGAAUUGGUUGUUUAAACUGGUUUGUAAUGCUAAGUUCUUAUCAACUUCAAACCAAAAUAGGCUUUCAGCUCCAUAUGAUUUUUCCUUUAAAUGGUUUUGGCCUCAGGUUGAUGAAUAAGGAAAUUUCUGUUUCACACUGAAUAAUGUUAUGGGUUCCAGUGCAUAGCCUUUGGUCUAAAUUAUAUUCUAUCUAUUUAUCCAGUUCUUGUUAUUUAUGUUAGACCAAUAAAUUAGUGUAAAGAUGUGAAAUAUAUAUCGAUAAGAUUACACACAUAAAAUUCUCAUUUCAUGAGUAACAAGCUAUUGAUACUCACUUCUAAUUUCGUUAUGUUUUGGUGGCUCCACCUGGUUUUUGUAUUUUGAUUCCAGUGUGAGAAACAUAUUCAUGUAUAAGAGUUACAUUUACUGACAUGCAUUUUUUAUAUUGACCAUUGGCUAUAUCUUAAAAGAGUGAAAAGUCAUGAGAUUAGAGACUAUGGUAAAAGUCUACCUUCGUCUGGCUUAUAAAAAUUGUUUCUACUCAUUCGAGUAAGGGUUUAGUCAGUUUAUUAUGGUAACUGUAGCUUAUUUGCAACCAUGGGACCAUCAUUUACUUGGUAGCAAAAUUUCAGCCCAUAACCAUGAUCAAUAUUUUGAGUUCUGUGUGUUUUAGUAGAACUAUGAAGAAUUUUUGUGAAGUUAUGAAGAGAGGAAAUGUUUUAAAAACGGAGAUGUUAUGGAUAGUGUAACAUUAUUCAAGCUAUUUUGAAUUUUCCUGGGGCCAUUUAUUAGUGAAGAAGGAUAAAUAGUCAAAGAUAGGAUAAGAAAAUUGUGAAUAUUGAGAGGUUACAAAGGCAGUGUGUGCAAAAAAAGGAAUUUGAAACAUUAAGACUUAUGUCAAUGAAAAAGUGUUGAGAUUUUGAUUAUGAACUUUGUCAAGCACAUGCAAAGUGGGCAAAUACUAUGAGCAUUACUCUUAGUAGUGGAAAGCCCAGGUGUACGUUCUGUUAUAUAUGCAAAUGGGUAAUUUUUGCAGUGUUGAUAAUUCACACUUUCAAUACCAUGUAUGGCAAAUUACCAUUGUAAUCAGGAAAUAGUUGCCAUAAACUAUAAAUAUUUAGUGUGCAGGUGAAACUUUUCUUUUGAUUAGUGUCUUAGGUAUGGUAUUGAAGUGACUGAACACAACAUGUGUGAUCACCUUACAUAGACAUCUCAUUUGAAAUUUCUCUUGUAACUGUAAGUGUGCAAUUUUAUUAGCUUAACAGUUUUGUAUAAAGUGUACUUUUACAGAAAGCUCAAAACUUAUGUGUAGACAUGAAAUGAGACAUACCAGCAUCAAAUAGUAAAAGAUCUUUUUUAGUAAGACUGUCAUAAAGGAUUUUAAAUUGGUAUUUCAAAAGGUUCCAUCCUCUGUAAGUCUUUACACACACAUGCUGUCCUCUCAUUAAACUGUCAGACAAUAUUAGCUUUAAAGGAAACAGUUUAAAAAUGUCUCAGUUAUUGCACACAAACACAUUCUGAAUAUUAAAGUUCAUUCUAACACCUCUGCCAGUCUAGCCAGCACUUUCUAGAUUCUCCCUUUCCUUCAUUCGCCCUACAUAUCUGAAUUAUGCUGCCUUUUCACCAACCUGUCCUCUUCCUUUCUGGUCACAGGACCAGACCACCUGCAAAAACUAAUUUUUUUUAUCUUUGCUCAGCUGUUUUACUGUGUCCAUUAUUUGCAUACAGUUCUUACCUUUUCAACCAUCUUUGAUACAUAUUCAUCUCAAGAGUUUCCAGCUUAUUUUCAUUCAUUUGCCUUCAAAACCCACAUUUGCCUCAUGGAAAAGAGAUUUGAUGCAACAAUCACUUAAAACAUCCCAGCUUUGCUUCCCUUGACAUUUAUCUUCCAGACUUUAUGCUGAGCUCCUGCCUUUUUUGUUUCACCUCUUUCAUCUGUACCGUUUACCUCUAUAUGUGUCUGAUUGGCUGUAUACUUUUAUUUUGCAAAUACACUUACAAUUUCUCUUUUCUUGUCUCUGUACCUCAUUCACUAUCAUGCAAUGAACUUUUAUUUCACCUUCUUAUGUGCUUCUUGCAGUCUUACUGAUUGCAUGCAGCUCAAACUCACCAUCUCUCCUACUGGUUUGCUGUCUCCUUAAUCCAUUCCCAUUUUCCCUACACUCCCUACAGGUAUCCCACAAAAUUCCUUCUUAUUAAGCUUACUUGAGCAAAUUUUUCCAUAGCCAUAUUCCACUCAGUUGUUUACUCUGAAUUAAUAUGUUAUCUAAGAAACUAUACCCCUUAAUUUUCUCUUUCAUUAUUACAUUCCCAGGACUCAAGCCUCCUUGUGUCUGUUUAUAACCCUUGCAUUCAUAUCGACUAGUACACUCAACCUUUCUCCUUCUGCGCACGUAUCCUUUCUCCAUAUCCAAACACAACUAGGCAUGAUUUGGACUUUCACAAGCAAUUGCCCUCUGCUUCCCCCUUCCCUUACACUUAUCUCUUAGCUGCACCAGACAAUCUUGUUAUCCAAUUGAAUACCAUGGCCCUUCACUUUAGUUCUGUGUCCUUAAAUUCAGCUUUUUUCUUUUCUAAGUACAUCUUUCAUGCUUCUCUUUAUGCACUUCAUCUCUGUUCAUACAGAACCUUGAGACUUAUGCCAAAUAGUCCAUCUGUUCUUUGCUAGUAAAGUAUAAGGUAUGGGGAUUAAUCCUAGUUUAUUUGUGUUAUUUUUCACAUUCCUAUGUGAUUUAGACUGUGGUAUUAGAUUCACUUAUCAAUCAAGCUUUUAAUGCCAAAUUUUCAUUUUCUGAAGUUAGAUGUGGAACGAGUUCUCACCGCUCUUUGGUCCUGUUCACUUUAUCUUAAAUUCUCAUUUGGUCGUUGCCCUUGAUAAUUUUCCUUUUUUUGCUUCCAUUACAGUAGUGUGUGGUGUUUAAGCAUAAGGAAAGCCAAAAAUACGAGGGUUGUAUGUUCUGAUAUAUGAUAAUCUAAGGAUAAUAUGAUUGUGCUGGGCAUGAACCAUUAAAAAAUAAAACCUCAGAGAUUCAGUAACAAUUCCACAGUGAUGUAGAUGUAUAGAAAAUAGUCACAUGAAUUUUAUCCUUCUCUCUGUUACUUUUUCACUCACUUUCUUAAAUAACCAGUCAUUGGCUGAAUAUUGCUAUUAGCAGGAUGACGUUUGUGAAACUGCUCUGUUUAACAGGACUUUGAUGUAUAACUACUGUGCUGUGCAGUGCGUUAAACUGUAUAGAAGGCUGGAAAUCUUGAAAUACUAAUGCUUUCUUGAUCUACCAACCGAUUAUACUUGAACAUCCCCGUUAGUCUACUGUUGCUCAUAACUGACAUAGAAACAAGAUAGUUUUAUAUAUUAACAUUUUAAACAGUUGGUACACUUUGAUUUAUAGCUGUUAAUUGAUAUAAUAAAAGGAUUACCAGUAUUACCCGCUUUCUAAUAGUUUAGUUAGAAAUGUGAUUUGUCUGCAAUUAGGUACACAGCAGUUUAAAAGAGAAAGUAUGCUGUUCUUAGAAUUAAGGAUUCAUUUUGAAAUAUUAAUAAGAGACAGAUUCAGAUCUUAGAGAGUCGUAUCUUUGCCAUCCCUUACUUUUGUGUAUUGUACUUUAGUAACUUUUAAGUUGUUAGCUAUUUUUAAACAUAUAGUAUCUAUACUCACCCAACAGAAUAUGAAUGUAAUUACUGUAUAUUUUAUGUUAUUGGGAAUUAUACAACAGAAGUUUAUUUUGUAUUUUGGGGCAAUAUAUACCUUAAGUUUCUUAGUUGUACUGUACAUGUAUCAUAUCUACUGGUAGUUGGAUACCUUAUUAUUACAAUGUAAUAUACAUGCAGAAACUUAUUUUUGUAUUCACGAAAAAGACAAGUUACAUUGCCUGAAAUUAGGUGUCGCACAUUAUAUCAUGAGCAACAAUAAACAUUGUUGACUUUUUAUCAAAA